AUGAUGAUGCAGGCGACUCCCAUACCACCUCAUUCUCCCUUCCCUGAAGUUGAGAAGCUUAUACCACAGGCAGCCGUGAGCCAUGACGAACCUGUGCUGUCCAUACAGAGUCCUCAACUCCCACUUCUCCACGACUUGCUGCCAAUCGAUAGGCUGCAUGUCACGAAGAGGCUCCGAGUCAAGAACGUGCUGUGCCUACGAGGGAAGAAGAACAGGUUCUUCGUGAGGACCUCCGACCAGACACUAAUGUAUACUAUUGAAGAGGAGAAUAGAAGUUGGUGGGUAGGAUAUUUCUGCUAUGGUCUACGUCCACUCGAGCUGAGGGUGAUGAACGAGCAGGGUAAAGAGGUGAUGAGGAUACACCGGCCCUUCUCCUGCACUGCCAGGAUCUUCCCCUGUCAGCUGCAGCACCUGGAAAUAUACUCGCCUCCUGAACAGCUUAUUGGUAAAGUGGAGCAGCAGUGGACAGCCCUCAGACCCAUAUACGUAAUCAAGAAUGGCGAUGGUGAUACUCUAUUUCUCAUUAUUGGUCCGUACAUGACACUGAGCUGUUUUCGCGACGUGCACUUCCAGAUAGUGCGGCCUGAUGGCACGGCAGUGGGCAGCACCUGCAGACACUGGCAGGGGCUCACACAUGCUCUAAUCUUCGCACCAAUUUCUGACAAAUUCGGGCUGAACUUCGAACAAAAUAUCUCAGUAGAAGAAAAGGGUCUGCUCCUAGCUGCCGCCCUGCUGAUGGACUACAUGUACUACGACGCGUGA